AACAGACAUCUAUCCCUUGCCAGCACGACCCCGACCGGGGCAAACGCAGAGCUGAAGAAGAAGACCUGCGGGUUCAGGGAACCGCGGGGUUACUGCAAAGAGGGGCGGGGAGAAGGCGGGUACGCUGCAUGCAGCGCGCUGGCUCCAGCGGUGCCCGCGGGGAAUGUGACAUCAGCGGCGCCCGGCGCUUGCGGCUGGAGCAGGCAGCUUGCCUUGCCCGCGCGGUGCACACCUCGCCCGGGGGAGGACGCGGAGCCCGGCAGGCGGCGGGGAUGUCGGCGAAGGAGAGGCCAAAGGGCAAAGUGAUCAAGGACAGUGUCACCCUCCUGCCCUGUUUUUAUUUCGUUGAGUUGCCUAUACUGGCAUCAUCGGUGGUUAGCCUCUAUUUCCUGGAGCUCACAGAUGUCUUCAAACCUGUGCACUCUGGAUUCAGCUGCUAUGACCGGAGUCUUAGCAUGCCCUACAUUGAGCCAACCCAGGAGGCCAUCCCGUUCCUCAUGUUGCUUAGCUUGGCUUUUGCUGGACCUGCAAUUACGAUCAUGGUGGGAGAAGGGAUUCUAUACUGCUGCCUUUCCAAAAGAAGAAAUGGGGCUGGAUUGGAACCCCACAUCAAUGCCGGGGGCUGCAACUUCAACUCCUUUCUCAGAAGAGCCGUCAGAUUCGUUGGUGUCCAUGUGUUUGGACUGUGCUCCACGGCUCUCAUUACAGACAUCAUACAGCUCUCCACAGGGUACCAAGCCCCGUACUUUCUGACUGUGUGCAAGCCGAACUACACCUCUCUGAAUGUAUCCUGCAAAGAAAAUUCCUACAUCGUGGAGGAUAUCUGUUCAGGAUCUGACCUUACAGUGAUCAACAGUGGCAGAAAGUCAUUCCCGUCCCAACACGCGACCCUUGCUGCCUUUGCCGCUGUGUACGUGUCGAUGUACUUCAAUUCCACAUUAACCGAUUCCUCCAAGCUCCUGAAACCUCUCUUGGUCUUUACAUUUAUCAUCUGUGGAAUCAUCUGCGGGCUAACACGGAUAACUCAGUAUAAGAAUCACCCAGUCGAUGUCUAUUGUGGCUUUUUAAUAGGAGGAGGAAUCGCCCUGUAUUUGGGCCUGUAUGCUGUGGGGAAUUUUCUCCCUAGUGAAGAGAGUAUGCUCCAGCAGAGAGAUGCCUUCAGGUCACUGACAGACCUCAGUCAAGACGCCAGCAGGGUUCUAUCAGCUAAAAAUGGUAGCAGCAGUGAUGGAAUUGCUCACACAGAGGGCAUCCUCAACCGAAACCACAGGGAUGCAAGCUCCUUAACAAAUCUCAAGAGGGCCAAUGCUGACGUAGAAAUCAUCACCCCUCGGAGUCCCAUGGGGAAAGAGAGCAUGGUGACCUUCAGCAACACGCUGCCCAGAGCCAAUACCCCCUCAGUGGAAGACCCCGUGAGAAGAAACGCGAGCAUCCACGCCUCCAUGGAUUCUGCCCGGUCCAAGCAGCUCCUCACCCAGUGGAAGAGCAAGAACGAGAGUCGCAAGAUGUCCCUGCAGGUUAUGGACACUGAGCCAGAAGGGCAGUCACCACCUAGGUCCAUAGAAAUGAGGUCCAGCUCAGAGCCUUCCAGGGUAGGGGUGAACGGAGACCACCAUGUCCCAGGCAGUCAAUACCUCAAGAUCCAGCCUGGCUCUGUCCCCGGGUGCAACAAUAGCAUGCCUGGUGGGCCACGCGUGUCCAUCCAGUCCCGCCCUGGCUCCUCUCAACUGGUGCACAUCCCCGAGGAGACCCAGGAAAACAUAAGCACCUCGCCCAAGAGCAGUUCUGCACGGGCCAAGUGGCUGAAAGCCGCAGAGAAGACAGUGGCCUGUAACCGGAGCAACAGCCAGCCACGCAUCAUGCAGGUCAUCGCCAUGUCCAAGCAACAGGGCGUGCUGCAGAGCAGCCCCAAAAAUGCCGAGGGGAGCACCGUCACCUGCACAGGCUCCAUCCGCUACAAAACCCUGACAGACCACGAGCCCGGGGGCAUCGUGCGGGUGGAGGCCCACCCCGAGAACAACAGGCCUAUCAUUCAGAUCCCAUCCACCACCGAGGGAGAAGGCAGCGGCUCCUGGAAGUGGAAAGCUCCAGAGAAGGGCAGCCUGCGCCAAACCUACGAGCUCAAUGAUCUCAACAGGGACUCGGAAAGCUGCGAGUCCCUCAAAGACAGCUUUGGGUCUGGAGAUCGCAAGAGAAGCAACAUCGACAGCAACGAGCACCACCACCAUGGCAUCACGACCAUCCGAGUGACCCCAGUGGAGGGCAGCGAGAUAGGUUCAGAGACGCUGUCUGUGUCCUCCUCACGCGACUCCACCCUGCGCAGAAAGGGCAACAUUGUCUUGAUCCCCGAGAGAAGCAACAGCCCUGAGAACACGAGAAACAUCUUCUACAAAGGAACGUCCCCCACACGGGCUUAUAAGGAUUGAGCAUUGGCCCUUCGUGCCAUCAUAUGGGUGACCACCACCACCCUCAGAACCACACGUUUAUUCUACCUGUGCUUUUCUGGUUUUUCUUUUCCUUUGUUUUUUUUUUUUUUUCUUUUUUUUUUUUUUUUUCAGGAGGAUUUGGAAAGCCUUCUUGCCCAACUAGAUUGUUCACCAUCAGUCCGGAACUCUCAUAGAACUACCACAGAAAUCGUGGCGAUUUUACACCGAGGGAAAGGAAAAGCACAAAGCAAGGCCCCAAUUGAUCUCUCCAUCUGAACAGUUCCUAAGACCCGUCCGUCACUGAGGCUUCGCAGAGGGCAGCAUUAAGACCAAGCGAUUUCCUUCGAUGUAUAUAAUACUUAACUUUCUGAAUGUGCCAACUUUGAGAUUUUUUUUUCAUUAUAAUUAGCUGUGGAAACCCAAACCACACAGGUUUUCCCUACAGCAGAGGCCAUGCAGUAUUAUAUAUUAUUCUUUUUUUUUUUUUUUUUUUUUUUUGGCUGAAUCUGCACCAGAAGCUCAGUCUGGGAGGUGCUGAUUAUUCCAGUGCAUAGACCAUGUAAACUCUCAAACUCUACUUAGCUGUGAAAUAGUGGUGUGCGAUCCCUCGUCAGAGAAAUGCUCCUUCAUUCCGAAGAUGUGGUAGAUUAGGUCAUCCUUGGCAGAUUAGGCCAUCCUUGGCUUCCCUGUAGUGGCCCUCUCACAGUGAAAAAAAAAGUUUAAAAAGGGUUCUGAGCAUUUCUUUGAAAAAAAUGCAUUUUUCAAUAUCUGAAACUCUGUAGGAAUGUUUUCAGUUAAAGGGAAUAGUUAUCUGCACCAUUUUUCUCCUUUUUAUUUAAGUAUUGGUAAUGCUGAUUUCUGGUAUUUUUAGUGAGUACAUUUGCAUAGUUAAACAUUGUUUUAGAGAAUAUUUUGAAAUUACUGUGAUUAUAUUUUCCACUUUAUGGCUUCUCCUUAGUUUAUUAAGUGUUUUUGAGAUCACACAUAUUAACUAUUUACAUUCCUUGUGCAAACUACACUGCUGUGAAUUCAUAAAUAAGAAAAUCUGAGCCAAAAGUUGAGAUUGUGGGUUCCGUUGCCAGACAUGUUGGUCCAGUUCAAGAUGUCUCCAACCUGAUGGCAAAGGUUACAGCUUCAGUAAGCAAUGAUAAAAAUUCAUUUUGUUCCAGCGCGUUUCAUCUUUGCAUUAUCUCAUCAUAAACUGGAGCCACGAUGGGGCGAGCAUGACUCUCUUCCCUCACAUGCCUGUAAUGAGACACUAACAGUAAUAAUCUCGGCAAACGCUAAUCGAGAAAUAAAAGUGUCUCACAGUAUAAAGUAAGAAAGUGUAUCUUCAGGACGUCAGAGUAGACACAGCUUUUGUGCUUAGACCGCAACCUGUAGUUUUGGCUGCCUGUCUUGAAUCAAAAGCCUUGAGCCUCAAUCAAAGGAAACCAUGUUAUUGGUAGCAAGAAGAAUACCAUCAAAACAUUUUGAAGUAUUCUUCCAGGUUAGAGAUUUAUAGGGUGGAGAAAUAUUUGGCUCUUGAAAUUUGGUAUUAAAUACUUUAAUGCCGUGUCUUAAGGAUUAUAUUGUACACUUGAUUGCCAAGAGGCAGCAAAAAGAAAACUGCAGAGCUGGUUGGUCUGACCUCAGUGCAGGUUUCAGUGAGAACAACUGUCCAGCAAGGAAUCCUUUCAUCCCAUUAUCCACGUCUACAUGCAAAGGACAGAGGUUUUUUUUUUUUUUUUUUUNUUUUUUUUUUUUUUUUUUUUUUUUUUUUUUUUUUUUUUUUUUUAAGAGAACUCAACCUCCUAAGGCGUUAGGAAUUUAGCUGAAACCAGCAGAAUUGAAACUCUGGCAAUAAAAUACAGACUCAACAGUAACCCUUCUGGCAAUUUCCUUCUCAGAGAAGGAAGUGGGUGUAAAAUGUUGCCUUCCCCACUUCUACCAUCACCACCAUCGCUGUCCCCGCCUACUGGCCUGGCCAGUUCCUAGAGGGAAGGGUGGACUGGUUUUAGUACUCUGAAGAAAAACCAAGCUGCAGUAUUUGAGGUGCAGUAUAUGAUAUUUCCUAAUCUUUCCUAUUUCUUAACAAAAAAAAAAGAUUUUAAAGUACUUCUCUAGUCAUUGAAUUCUUUUUCUUUACAUACUAUUGAUAUAUUCUUUUUCUACUCCGAGUGCCAAAGGCUACCGUUUUUAAUGACUUAACAAAUUGUACCACAUUGUUAAGAAACUAUAACGAUAGACACUAGGAUUCAGACCUCUGCAUGUAUAUUUGAUAACGCAUCUUUUGUAAAAAAAAUGAAUAAUUACAAAAACUUUGUUUACAUUCCACUGGUACCUUAAUUUAAAACAAAUCAGACUAGCAGGUGUUAUCUCUCCUUAGUGUUCUAUUUAUCUUAUUUGCUAACGAGAGCACUUCUUCUUUUGUUAGGCUGUGCUUUAUUGAUGAUAAAACCAAGUAUUGAAUAAAGAGAGUUAAUUAUCUUUUUAAAGUAAAUAAAAUUAUGGAUAUAUAAUAUAUACAAAGUAUUGUGUUUAAUAAAAUGUUAUGCGAUGUUUUCCACAC